AUGGAUUCAAACACUGCACACCAUCCUGUGUUUAUGGUAUUUCCUCCAGAAGUCACUGCUUCAGAAUUUCAGUCAAUGAAAAAUAUAGCCACAACCUAUGAAUCUACCACGCCUUUUUUAAAAUUCUGUACUACAAAAAUAAAAAUCUUUGGGACUAUCCAGAUCCUGCUUGGACUGAUGAACUUUUCUUUUGGGGUAAUUUUCUUUUUCAUGUUUGAAGAACCGUACCCAAGGUUCCCCUUUAUAUUAAUUACAGGAUAUCCAUUCUGGAGCUCCAUUUUGUUCAUUUAUUCCGGAGCCUGCCUAGUUGCAUUGGAAAAAAAAGGCACACAAACUAUGAUGAGGAUGAGCCAAACAAUGAAUUGUUUUAGUGUCCUGGCAGCAACAGCUGGAAUCAUUCUCCUUGUAUUUGGUUUCAUUCUAGAUCAAAACUACCUUUGUGGCUAUUCUGGAGAAGUUAGUCAGUGUAAGGCUAUUAACACCCUAUUCAUCGGACUUUUGAUUAUGCUGAUAGCCUUCAGCACUAUUGAACUACUCAUUGCUCUGUCUUACUCAAUUUGUAGCAGAUCCUUUGACUGCUGUGAUUGUGAGGAAUGGUGUUGA